GCGCGCUGGGUGUCCCGCCAACUGACACUGGGCUCGCGAUUCCUUGGAGCGGGUUGAUGACGUCAGCGUUCGAAUUCCAUGGCUGCGCGGCGGCAACGGAGCACCGGCGGCAGCAGGGCGACAGCAUUAUAUGGAAGCAAAAGAGUUAAUGAUGGCAACACAGCUCCAGAAGACCCUUCCCCUGCCAAGAAAACUCACAGAUGCCAGAGACAGGGGUCAAAAAAGAUGCCUGUGGCUGGAGGAAAAGCUAAUGACAGGACAGAAGACAAGCAAGAUGAAUCUGUGAAGGCCUUGCUGUUAAAGGGCAAAGCUCCUGUGGACCCAGAGUGUACAGCCAAAGUGGGUAAGGCUCAUGUGUAUUGUGAAGGAAAUGAUGUCUAUGAUGUCAUGCUAAAUCAGACUAAUCUCCAGUUCAACAACAACAAGUACUAUCUGAUUCAGCUAUUAGAAGAUGAUGCCGAGAAGAACUUCAGUGUUUGGAUGAGAUGGGGCCGAGUUGGGAAAAUGGGACAGCACAGCCUGGUGGCUUGUUCAGGCAAUCUCAACAAGGCCAAGGAAAUCUUUCAGAAGAAAUUCCUUGACAAAACAAAAAACAAUUGGGAAGAUCGAGAAAAGUUUGAGAAGGUGCCUGGAAAAUAUGAUAUGCUACAGAUGGACUAUGCCACCAAUACUCAGGAUGAAGAGGAAACAAAAAAAGAGGAAUCUCUUAAAUCUCCCUUGAAGCCAGAGUCACAGCUAGAUCUUCGGGUACAAGAGUUAAUAAAGUUGAUCUGUAAUGUUCAAGCCAUGGAAGAGAUGAUGAUAGAAAUGAAGUAUAAUACCAAGAAAGCCCCACUUGGGAAGCUGACAGUGGCGCAAAUCAAGGCAGGUUACCAAUCUCUUAAGAAGAUUGAGGAUUGUAUUCGGGCUGGCCAGCAUGGGCGAGCUCUCGUGGAAGCAUGCAAUGAAUUCUACACCAGGAUUCCGCAUGACUUUGGACUCCGUACUCCUCCACUAAUCCAGACACAGAAGGAGCUGUCAGAAAAAAUACAAUUACUAGAGGCUUUGGGAGACAUUGAAAUUGCUAUUAAGCUGGUGAAAACAGAGCUACAAAGCCCAGAACACCCAUUGGAUCAACACUAUAGAAACCUACAUUGUGCCUUGCGCCCUCUUGACCAUGAAAGUUAUGAGUUCAAAGUGAUUUCCCAGUACUUACAAUCUACCCAUGCUCCCACACACAGUGACUAUACCAUGACCUUGCUGGAUUUAUUUGAAGUGGAGAAGAAGGGUGAGAAAGAAGCCUUCAGAGAGGACCUUCAUAACAGGAUGCUUCUAUGGCACGGUUCCAGGCUGAGUAACUGGGUGGGAAUCUUGAGCCAUGGGCUUCGAAUUGCCCCACCUGAAGCUCCCAUCACAGGUUACAUGUUUGGAAAAGGAAUCUAUUUUGCUGACAUGUCUUCCAAGAGUGCCAAUUACUGCUUUGCGUCUCGCCUAAAGAAUACAGGACUGCUGCUCUUAUCAGAGGUAGCUCUAGGUCAGUGUAAUGAACUACUAGAGGCCAAUCCUAAGGCCGAAGGAUUGCUUCAAGGUAAACACAGCACCAAGGGGCUGGGCAAGAUGGCUCCCAGUCCUGCCCACUUUGUCACCCUGAAUGGGAGUACAGUACCCUUAGGACCAGCAAGUGACACAGGAAUUUUGAAUCCAGAUGGUUAUACCCUCAACUACAAUGAAUAUAUUGUCUAUAACCCCAACCAGGUCCGUAUGCGGUACCUUUUAAAGGUUCAGUUUAAUUUCCUGCAGCUAUGCUGAAUGUUGAUAUUAAAUAAACCAGAGAUCUGAUCUUCAAGCAAGAAAAUAAGCAGUGUUGUACUUUUGAAUUUUGUGAUACUUUAUAUAAUAAAAACUGUACAACUCU